AUGGCAAAAUCUCAAAUAAAUACGAAAUCCAGAAAUUAUGUUCAAGAUAAAGAAGCAUUUUUGAAAGAACUAAAGCAGUUUAAUGAAAGCAAAAAUAUACCAUAUAAAAUACCGGUUGUUAAUGGUGUAGAUAUAGAUUUGUAUCUCUUGUACUCAUUGGUUCAACAAAGAGGAGGUCUGAGCAAAGUUAAUCAAAAUGAUACCUGGGAAACAUUUCUGCGUCAGCUCCACUUACCACAUCCAUGUGUUAAUGGGUCUACAUUAUUGAGAAGAAUAUAUGGAAUGUAUCUGGAGAAAUAUGAAAGAGCUAAAGGUCCGCCAGGUAGGGAUGACGACUUAGAUAUGGAUGAAGACCCUUGUCGUGGCAGGGGUGGUGGCAUGCCACGCAUAUCAUUUGGUAGCGGCACUUACAUAUCAGCUUCCGGUGAACCUCUACGUACAGGGAAUCGUGUAGCUGGUCCAUCUGAACGGCUUACAUUAUCGUUGUUGUCGCCGAUGCCAAAUGAACAGGAUUUUGCCGUUAAUGUCUGCACAGUGUUAGCAGCAGAUCAUUCUAAUAGGCUUCCGUUGAGCACAACACCUCAUAUACUGGAUUUCUUGCUAGCUCAUGCUGGAGUUUAUAACCACUCAAGCCUCCGCGACACAAUCGGUCGUUCAUACUUCGAGUCUCGAGGUCGUUAUCCACACGAGUUUUGGUCGGAGCGAGCUGGUGGCGGCGGGGCGAGGGAACUUGCUGAUGAGACAAAGUUCACCGGUGAUCAACCUGAACUUGUCGACACCGAGGAUUGGGUGACGGAACCUUCAGAGGAAGAUCAGUUGUUCGCUCCGACGUUACCAGGUGGCGCCACAUGUGUUUACACACAACGAGUACUACAGAUAGCUAGCAUUGUACGAAGCUUGUCCUUUCAUGAAGAGAAUGUGCAAUACUUGGCUAGGAAUACCACUCUUAUAAGAUUCUUACUGCUAUGUGCUAACUGUUGGGUGGGAACUCUUCGUCAAAGCGGUUUAGACACGCUCGGUAAUGUCGCUGCCGAGCUCAUUAUUAAAGACCCCGCUACAUGUUUGAUAUCUCGUCAUGUUCUAUCGACUAUACAAUCAGCGCUAGUAUCACAAGAUCGUGCUAGAGUGUUGGCAGCUUUGGAGCUCUUGAAUAAAUUGGCACAGAACGAAGUCAACGAAGAAGCGUUACUCAAAGCAUUGGAAUCAAAAGUUUAUAGCGACGUGUGUGCUCUCCUCACUCUCCGUGAUAUAAUUGUGUUAGUGUGUACUCUAGAGUGUGUAUACGCUCUCACCGGUCUGGGAGACCGCGCGUGUGAAGCGGUCGCGCGUGUACCCGGACUAUUACACACACUAGUGUCGCUGGUUACUGUUGAGGCGCAGAGCUACGGUCCCCGCGCGUGUAUCCUCAUGCGAGUGGUUGAGACGGUCAGUGGGCCGCCCGCCGCGGACCACGUGCAACCACACACACUACAGAACACUAACCCUCCCCAACAGGUUCAAGUCCCAAAGCCUCCCGUGGAGCCCCCAGUAGCGUCCCCCGCUGUCGCCACCCAUACACAGCCUACUACAUUACAACAAUCGCAUAUGCAACAACGUACCGUACAAGAAAACGAACAUUUCGCUCAAGCAUGGCUCAGAGCUACGUAUGAAGCUCUCCCCGCCUCGGAUAAUAGUGCGUGUGACGCUGCUGACGUGUACAGGCAGUACCUCGCGUGCUGCACUAAACUAGCACGCAAGGGAGUCAUCGCACCCGCACACUUCCCACGACUUGUGAGGACGGUUUUCGGUGGCACGGUUGGGCCAAAUACAGUGAGCACUUCAACGGGUGAAACACAACACGUUUACAUCGGCAUACGAGCUAAGAAUAUAGCUAAUAGAAGUAAUCCGCCUGUUGGUCCAUCUUCACCUAUAUUAAAAGCUCAACUCACCAACAAGCCGAGCGCGACUAUUGAAACAAAACCGGUCGUUACACAACUACAGACUCCAACGCAGUCCACAGACAACAGCAACACGUCCCUCAUAAAACACUUGUUAGCGCAUAAAGUAAGCGCGGCUCAUACACAUACGUCGCUGCAGAAUAUGGAGGUAGAUCCGGAAACUCUCAUCAAAUGUACGACGAUAAUACCUGGGACUGUCACCAGCACAGCUGUACAGGAGAAGAUUGUAGUGAACGCGCCUGACGAAGUUAUGGUAACAAAAGAGGAACCAGUUCAAAUUCAAAUAGACGAGCAGGCACAAUUGACUAUAAAAACAGCACAGAACAAGAUGCUGGCUGAUCUUCUUGAGAAAAAAUCAAACCCACCAGUGCAAGUUGUACAAAUGGGACAACAAAUAAACGCACCUACUAUACAAAUAACGGAAACGGGACAAAUAGUUCAAGUUAAAUCGGAAAAUAUGAUACAAAUAUCGGAUUCCGUACAACCGAGUGCGCCAUUUUUUCAAAUUAAGAACGAGCAAGGACAACUGAUACAGAUCAAAAACGAUCAAGGACAGAUUAUACAACUCAAAAGCGGCCAAUUACAGGGCAUGAUUCAAAUUAAGAACGACCAAGGUCAGAUAGUACAGAUUAAAAAUGACAAUCUAGCACAGUUAUUACAGACUGGCGUUAUACAGAAGAAUGAAAAGGAUAUAGCUGAAAGUGUUGUAACUGAUCACUCGUAUACCGAACCACCGAGUAAGAAAAUUAAAGUCGAAGACAAGAAUGAGAAUCCCCCGGAAAGUGUUUCAAAGACUGCAGCCAAUCUGUACGCGGCCUUAGCUGCCAGUCUUCAAGAUGAAGAUGAUCUGCUUCCCCCGAAACAAGAAACCGUGGAUGUGAUCCAGCCAUCAGUAUUAGUCAGCACUCCGGAGAAUCAAUCAGUUUUGAUUCAAGAACCUAUAUUACAGGUGCAGCAACCAACAUUACAAGUGCAGCAACCAACGCUACAAGUUCAGCAACCAACGUUACAAGUGCAGCAACCGACGUUACAAGUGCAGCAAAACGCGAUACAGAUGCAGCAACCGGCGUUACAAGUACAGGCUGGACAGAUUAUAUUACAGGAAAAACCGGUCGGUACUCAACAGGCGCAAUUUGUUCAACAGCCCAUGCAACUUAUAGCGGCACCAAGUACAUCACAAGGUGGUUUGAGCUACAUAGCACAAAAUAUACCCGGUAAUAUGAUGCAGAAAACUAUCAUAAUAGUUCAGGGUACUGGAGGUGGUCCACUCACACUAACGAACUCAGGAGUGAUACAAUCACAAAGGGUGAUAGUCAGUCAGUCAGCGCUAGUGAGCUCGUCACAGCCCAUAAUGCUGAAAACUUCCAUCACACAGAAUCCACCUCAACUGACGCCGAGCCAGCAACCUAUAAUAACAUCGCAACCACAACCUCACAAAGCACAAAUUGUUAACCCUCAACAAAUCGUCGUGACCCAAAAACAACCACCUGGUAUGAUAAAUACGUCAUCUGGCAACCAGAUCGUUAGUACCAUAGUUGGUAGCAACCAACAAAUAAUUCAAGGGAAUCAGCAGUUACUGCAGGGUAACCAACAAAUAAUAGCGGUUUCAAACAACCAGCAAAUAAUAGUUAAUACCCCAAUGAAACCGACUCAUAGAGUGGUCCAAGCAUCAAGGAACCAGGUUACAACAGUUGUGACCAGUAACCAGGCUGUUGUCACAACUGAUACAAAGACUAUCCAGAGUUCAGCGAAACCUCAAUCGGUUAUGCGACAGGUUAUAACUCGGCAACCAGUUAUGGUCGGCAAUACUAAAAUCGGUGACAAAGAAAUGGUGGUCACACAACCUGUGACUGAGACUCAACAACCAAAGAAGAUAGAAACUCCUCCGCCACAAACACUUCAGACACAGCCGCCGACUACGACAGGGUCUGAAGACACGCCCUGGAUCUGUCACUGGAGGGGAUGUGGGAAAACGUUCUCCAGUUCAUCCGAGGUGUUCACUCACGUGGCUAGGACCCACUGCCCCAGUACCGCCGGCGGUGAAGCUCCCUGUAUGUGGCUAGACUGUGACCGAGUCCCACGGAAGACAUUCGCCUUAUUAAACCAUCUUACUGACAAACAUUGCACUCCUAAUGCACUCAAAGCAAUAUUCAAUUCCCGACGUCACACUGCGAGUGAGGCCGAGUCUGGUAAGCCUAUGUCAGUUGGGUACCCGCCGAAUGCAGCUUUGGCGGCCUUGAAUAAACACGCGGCGGACAUGUUCAAUCCCAGAGAGCUUAUGGAUGAAAACGAAGGCCCAGUUACGAAAAGCAUUCGACUAACAGCAGCACUUAUUCUAAGAAACAUAGUUAUUUACUCAAACACUGGUAGAAGAUUACUACGUUCAUAUGAAGCACAUUUGGCGUCAAUAGCCCUCAGCAAUGUGGAGGCGUCACGAACUAUCUCCCAGGUGUUGUACGAUAUGAACAAUAUAUGA